GGAAACUGAAGGCUGAGGAAGGACUGACUUCAGAUCAGAAGAUGAGUGAUUUGGAGGAAGAGGAGGACGGAGCAGAGUCUGUAGUAUCUGGCUGUCAGUCUAUGAAGAGUGACCAGUCCAAACAUGAACCUCUGAUCUUCAGUACUGAACCUGGACCAUCAGACACAAAACUGACUUCAGAUCAGAAGAUGAGUGAUUUGGAGGAAGAGGAGGACGGAGCAGAGUCUGUAGUAUCUGGCUGUCAGUCUAUGAAGAGUGACCAGUCCAAACAUGAACCUCUGAUCUUCAGUACUGAACCUGGACCAUCAGACACAAAAAAGAGGAAGAGGAGUGAUGUUUGUGAGGAGGAGCAGCCAUCCUGCUGUGCUUUGUGUCAGGACGUCCUGAGGGAUCCAGUCUCUACCAGCUGUGGACACUGGUUCUGCAGACAGUGCAUCACCUCAUACUGGGACCAGUCUGCUUCAUCAGGAGACUCCUGCUGUCCCCAGUGUGGAGAAAGAUCCAGAACAAUGUACGUUGUUAAACAUAAACAUAAGAUCAGUGUGAAGGGGACAUAUGAACGUGUGACUGAAGGGGCUGAUCAAACAGGAAGUGGAACUCCCCUCAACAGGAUCUACACUGCGCUCUACAUCACAGAUGAACUGAGUGAAGAAGUUAAUACCCAACAUGAGGUGAGGCAGCUCGAGACAGCUUCCAAGAUGAAGACCCUCCAUGACUCUCCAAUCAAGUGCAGCGACAUCUUUAAAGCCUUACCUGACCAACAGAAACACAUCAGAGUCGUUAUGAUGCUCGGCGUCGCUGGCGUUGGAAAAACCUUCUCAGUGCAGAAGUUCUGUCUGGACUGGGCCAAGGGUUUGGAAAACCAAGAUGUGGAUCUGGUGAUUCCUCUUUCCUUCAGGGAGCUGAACUUGAUCAAAGAUGAGCAGUACAGUCUUCUGGAGCUGCUCCCUGUUUUCCAUACAACAUUACAGGAGGUCACAGCAGAGCAGCUCGCUGGCUCUAAAGUUCUCUUCAUCUUUGACGGCCUGGAUGAAAGCAGACUUUCACUGGAUUUCAACAAAAAUGAGGUUGUUUCUGAUGUCACUAAGAAGUCAUCAGUCAACGUGCUGUUGACAAACCUCAUCCAGGGGAAGCUGCUUCCCUCUGCUCUCAUCUGGAUAACUUCCCGACCUGCAGCAGCCAAUCAGAUCCCUCCUGCAUGUGUUGACAGGGUAACAGAAGUACGAGGCUUCACUGACGACCAGAAGGAGGAGUACUUCAGGAAGAGAGUCAGUGAUGAAGAGCUGUCCAGCAGAAUCAUCUCCCACAUCAAGACAUCCAGGAGCCUCCACAUCAUGUGUCUGAUCCCAGUCUUCUGCUGGAUCACUGCUACAGUUCUGGACCACAUGUUGACUACAGACAAGAGAGGAGAGCUGCCCAAGACCCUGACUGACAUGUACUCACACUUCCUGCUGGUUCAGACAAAGAGGAAGAAGCUCAAGUAUGCUGAGGGACAUGAGACGAGUCCACAGGAGCUGACGGAGGCUGACAGGGAAGUUCUUCUGAAGCUGGGGAAGUUGGCGUUUGAACAGCUGAAGAAAGGAAACAUCAUGUUCUACCAAGAAGACCUGGAGCGCUGUGGUCUGGAUGUCACAGAGGCCUCGCUGUACUCAGGAGUUUGUUCAGAGAUCUUCAAAAGAGAGAGUGUGAUCUUCCAGAAAACAGUCUACUGCUUCGUUCAUCUGAGUGUUCAGGAGUUUCUGGCUGCAGUCUACCUGUUCCACUGUUACACCAACAGGAACACAAAGGCACUGGAGGACUUCCUGGGGAAAGGCUGGGACUGUGACAACAGUGACCCGAACGAUGGCAAUGAUAACAAUUACCCAUCCCUGGAUGUCUUCCUGAAGACAGCCAUGGAGAAAUCCCUUGAGAGUAAAAAUGGCCACCUGGACCUGUUUGUCCGCUUCCUUCAUGGCCUCUUUCUGGAGUCCAACCAGAGACUCUUAGGAGGCCUGCUGGGUCAGGCAGACAACAGUCCAGAAAUCAUCCAGAGAGCCAUCAACAACCUGAAGGAGAAGAAGACCAAAAUGUCUCCUGACAGAAGCAUCAACAUCUUCCACUGUCUGACGGAGAUCAACGACCACUCAGUCCAUCAGGAGAUCCAAGAGUUCCUGAAGUCAGAGAACAGAUCAGAGAAGAAACUCUCUGAGAUCCACUGCUCAGCUCUGGCCUACAUGCUGCAGAUGUCAGAGGAGGUUCUGGAUGAGUUGGAUCUGAGUCAGUACAAAACAUCACCGGAGGGACGACUGAGACUGGUUCCAGCUGUGGAGAACUGCAGAAAGGCUCUAUUGGUUGACUGCAGUUUGUCAGAGAUCAGCUGUGCUGCUCUGGUCUCAGCUCUGAAGUCCAACCCCUCCCAUCUGAGAGAGCUGGACCUGAGCAACAACAAGAACCUGAAGGAUUCAGGAGUGAAGCGUCUGUGUGCUGGAUUGGAGAGUCCAAACUGUAGACUGGAGACUCUGAGAUUGUUCUGCUGCAGGUUGUCAGAAAUCAGCUGUGCUGCUCUGGUCUCAGCUCUGAAGUCCAACCCCUCCCAUCUGAGAGAGCUGGACCUGGGUAACAACAAGCUGAAGGAUUCAGGAGUGAAGCUGCUGUGUGGUUUUCUGGAAAGUCCAAACUGUAGACUGGAGACUCUGGGAUUGUGGGGCUGCGGUUUGUCAGAGAUCAGCUGUGCUGCUCUGGUCUCAGCUCUGAAGUCCAACCCCUCCCAUCUGAAGAAGCUGGACCUGAGGGGCAACAACCUGAAGGAGUCAGACGUGAAGCAGCUGUGUGAUCUGAAGGAGAGUCCAGACUGUAGACUGGAGACUCUGGAGUAA